UGGGUGCUCAAGUUCUACUUCUACGAGGCUCUGCGGGCCUUUCGAAGUAGCCGGUACGGGGACUUCAGGCAGAUCCGGGACAUCAUGCAGGCUUUGCUUGUCAGGCCCUUGGGGAAGGAGCAUACGGUUUCCCGGCUGCUGCGGGUUAUGCAGUGUCUGUCGCGCAUUGAAGAAGGGGAAAAUUUAGACUGUUCCUUUGAUAUGGAGGCUGAACUCACACCCCUGGAAUCAGCUAUCAAUGUGUUGGAGAUGAUUAAAACGGAAUUUACACUGACAGAGGCAGUGGUGGAAUCCAGUAGAAAACUGGUCAAGGAGGCUGCUGUCAUUAUUUGUAUCAAAAAUAAAGAAUUUGAAAAGGCUUCAAAAAUUUUGAAAAAACAUAUGUCCAAGGACCCCACAACUCAGAAGCUGAGAAAUGAUCUCCUGAACAUUAUCCGUGAAAAGAACUUGGCCCACCCUGUUAUCCAGAACUUUUCCUAUGAGACCUUCCAGCAGAAGAUGCUGCGCUUCCUAGAGAGUCACCUGGAUGAUGCAGAGCCCUACCUCCUCACGAUGGCCAAAAAGGCUUUGAAAUAUGAGUCUGCUGCCUCAACUACAGUGAAGGAAGAUAAACAGCCAGUGCCGGAACCUGUGGAAAAGCCACCCAGAGAACCUGCGAGGCAGCCACGGAAUACUCCAAUCACCUUUGGAAUUAUGACUCUGAAAGCAGCUUUCAAGACUCUGUGCAGUUCCCAAGAUUCUGAGGCGGUCUUCUCGAAAUUGGACCAGAAAGAUCUGGUACUUCCCAAUAAAGCAUCCCCGCCAUCGCCAGCCCUCAAAAACAAGAGACCGAGAAGAGAUGAAAACGAAGGUUCAGCCCCUGCUGAGGGAGAGGGUGGCUCUGAACUGCAGCCCAGGAGCAAGCGUAUGACAAUAAGCAGAUUGGUUUUGGAGGAGGAUAGUCAGAGUUCUGAGCUGUGCCCAGGCCUCAGCUCCUCUCAGGAAGUCAUUCCAGCGGUGCCAUCCAAGCCUGCAGUUCUCAACCAACCCCUCCCCAGGGAGAAGAAUCCCAAGCUACCCAAGGGCAAGUGGAACAGCUCUAACGGGGUUGAAGAGAAGGAGACUUGGGCGGAGGAGGACGAACUGUUUGAUGUUCAGGCAGCUCCAGAUGAUGAGAGUUCAGCCAGUAUAACAAAAAAGCAGAAGUGGACUGUAGAAGAAAGUGAGUGGAUCAAGGCUGGAGUGCAGAAAUUUGGGGAAGGAAACUGGGCUGCCAUUUCUAAAAAUUACCCAUUUGUUAACCGAACAGCUGUGAUGAUUAAGGAUCGCUGGCGGACCAUGAAAAGACUUGGCAUGAACUGAAACAGCUUUCAUUUCCACAGAAUUCACAGGAGCAUGGUUCCUAAUAAUAGCCCCAAUAGUCUGCUCUUUCUUUCAGAAGCUGGGCUGGGAUGAAAACUUUGGGCAUCCUCCUCUGACAUGGAGGAGGUCCCAGUUCCACUUCAUCACUGUUGGAGAUCAUGGAGCUGAAAGACAAAGCCAAGUCUACCCCAUGUCCUUGGCAGAGACAACAGGCAGGCAGCUUGUACAGUGCCAGAAUAUCAUUAGUAUUUCCCUUUUUCAGUGGUUUGCUUGAAUUUAAAUCCCCGGUAAUCAGUAGAACCUUCUCCUAGGAAACUGUGGAGUCUGUUAGGAGCACUUAUGACUCCAUGACCUGCUAAAACCAGCAACAUGAGCAUUAUUUGGAGUGAACUUGUUCCAGGUAAAACUUUAGCCUUCUGGUGCAAAUGCAAAGGAACUUCGUCUGUCAGAGCCCAGGCUGAUGAGAGACCAGUCCUGGUGGAAUCUGGAUCCCUUUAAAAACUGUUUAGCCUGUUAUGACAUCAACACCUAGACCUAGUCUUGGCAUUUGCUCUUCAUAUUUGCUGGGCUACGUAGGCAGGUUUAACCUCCACUUAUGUGGUUAAACCAGUGUGUUCUUUGGUGAUUGUAGAUAUGCUUAGCCCCUCCCCCAAUUCUCUCUUCCUGAUUCCCUUACGUUGGACUUACAAAGCUUAAAAAAAAUCCUGAUUGAAUAUAAAUGCCUAAUUCCAUUCUUUGUGAAAUGAUUGCUUCCACCUGACUCCUUAAUUGUGCUGUGUUAGUGUCUUGCACUGGAAUUCAACAUUUCCUUCUCCUUUUGUACUGUGUUGUGCUUGCUGUCUCUCUUGGACAUCCUUAAAGACUGUCUUUUUAGCAAAAAAAAAAAAAAAAAAUUCAGUAAAGUGUUUUCUGUAAUCAUUUUUUAAAAUUUGAGAACUAAUUAUUGUCCAUAACCUGUAGCAUUCUUCAUUAAAGUCUUGCUUCUCUCAAA